AUGGAGAUGAGGCUUGUCGCCUGCGAGCGUAUGUCAGGGACACAAUGCUCGAAAAAGACUCCAUUGAGUUUGUGCUUCGUGAAGCAGCCUGUCUGCAAUGGAGAUGAGGCUUGUCGCCUGCGAGUGUAUGUCAGGGACACAAUGCUCGAAGAAGACUCCAUUGAAUUUGUGCUUCGUGAAGCAGCCUGUCUGCAAUGGAGAUGA